AUGACGUUAGAGGAUCCUUUUUUUGUCGUUAAAGACGAGGUUUUUAAAGCCUUAAACAAAACACGAGGUUUGUUUCUUCGAUGGAGUGAGCUACAAGAAGAUGGUAUCUGUUGUACAAAGGAUGAAGUUGAAUGGACCAACACGGAAUUAAAAAACUCCCUGAGAAGCAUAGAGUGGGAUUUGGAAGAUUUGGAAGACACCAUUGAUAUAGUCGAAAAAAAUCCAUCCAAAUUUAAAAUAGACAAUAAAGAAUUAACUACGAGGAAACAUUUUAUUGAUUCGACUAAAAACGAAGUUAAGUACAUGAAAGAAAGCAUUAACAUGAACAGGAGUCGUAGUAAAGAUCGUUCUGCACGUCAGCCACUCUUGGAGAGCAGUCCUGUAAGGAUUGCCAGUGCUCGCGUUACAACUAAAUACUCUAAACUUGAAAAUGAUUUUGAUAGCCCCCAAAGACAAUUUCUAAAUGAUACACUUAGCCAACAACAAUAUUUAACUAGACAACAAGAUGAACAUUUGGAAGCUAUUAGUGAUUCUUUAGGAUCUUUAAAAACCGUUUCUAGACAUAUUGGAAUCGAAUUGGAUGAGCAGGCGGGAAUGUUGGACGAGCUAGGAACGGACCUAGAAAAUACUGAUUCUAAAUUAGAUUCUACGAUACAAAAGGUUGCCAAAGUACUACGUCUUUCAAAUGAUGGAAGGCAAUGGACCGUUAUAAUAAUAUUGGUUGUAAUUCUUGUAAUUGUGAUACUUUUAUUUUUUAUACUGUGA